CAAUGACUUAUUUUUCUAAUUAAAAUAACAGGCUUGAAAGGAGAUUUUUUUGAUGGAGUUUAGGAGUUUCAUAGUAACAAAUUAUAAUUACAAAAACACGAAGAACUUUUCAGGCCUGUAUAUGAAAAUGUGUUUAAAAUUGAAAGAGUGCUUCAGCUUGAAAAGCAAUGUUCCAUAAAAUCGUGUCUAGUAUGAGUUGAUAGGCGACAAGUAUUCGGACAAAUUUGGCUGUGGCCCAUAUCCUAUUAAUAAAAUAGCCAAUAGGGUCGCUAGUUUACUCAUAUCAUGAUCAGUAUGUUCUGAAUAUAUAUAACUAGUUGUUUGUCGCCAACUGAGGUGAUUCACGUCUACAUUUUCUUCAGUUAAAUAUCUUYGAAGGCAAAUUUGUUGCUAAGUAUACUAACAUGUUUUUAUGUAUUUGUACAGUGUAAUACCCGACAUCGAAUCAGUGAACGAUGAACAGGACCAACAACGACACAAUAACUCGAUCCAGCCUUGAAAUUAUCUCACUGUCAGUUUCGCUAGCUAUCAUCGUUGCACUGAGCCUCUUUGGGAACUUUCUACUGAUUUUGGCGUUCAUCAGAAAUGGACGACUCCGGGCAAGCUUCGCCAACAAGUUAAUCAUGAGUCUUGCAAUGGCUGACUUUCUAACUGCUGCUUUCCCAUUAACGUACCAGCUUGCAACGGUUAUUAAYAACGAUAUUAUUAGAAAUGGUGGGUUUCUGUGUACUGUGGGAGGACUAACAUCAUAUUCAUUCUUCUUYACCUCUGUAUUUACGCUGGUAAUGCUGAGCGUGGAUCGUUUCCUUGCCCUCGGCUUUCCACUGCGAUAUAACCGAUGGAUGAACCCAAAAACCAAAGUGGUCAUCAUCGCGUACCCCUGGAUUCAUGGCGCGUUGUUUUUCAUUCUWUGUGCAGCUACUCUAGAAGUAACGUAUCAACCUUUUGACUGUAGUUUAUCCUGGAGCACUCGACCUUUAGCUUUCACUUUGAGCAUCAUGAUGAUCCAUGUGGGAUUUCCAUUAUGCAUACUUAUAGCUUUGAAUACUUGGACACAGAUUUUAGUACGCGCUCARAAUAGGCGAAUAAUGGACUAUGACUCMAGUGAAGGUGCAAGGGGMAACAGCAUCUUCAGAAACCGAACUCAGCAGGCUCAGAAUAGACGAGCAAAUAUAGAAUUCAAGCUUGCCAAAGUCUCCGUCGUCAUCAUAUUUGUUUUUCUCGCGUGCUGGACUCCUUAUGUAGUUACCAGGACUUUGUCGUUUGUGGGUGCAAGUCUCUCCUCGGGAAUUAAGUCAGCGGCGGCCUGGUGCGUUCAUGCUUCUUCAUUUGUCAAUCCGAUAAUUUAUUCGUCWUUACGUGCGGACUUGAGAAAGGAGAUGUUUCGAGUUUUUGGGAUCUGCAAGUGGAAAACUGACAAGUCUGGUUCCAGUGGACAAAAUGAUUCRAGUGUAGCKACUCGMAAUAUAAGCUCAGUGCUUCCUAGAAUUGAAUAAAUUUAAUAUGUAUAAAAUGKAUUAAUAACAGUGUUGUCUGAAAUGCAGGUGGCAGGAGCGACGAACAAYAAUUGAAAACUUACUUUCUGAUGUAUGUCGUUAUUAUUCUCCGUUGUCAUAUGCUAUUGCUUCAACGGCUGCUCGUCCCCGGACUCUAAUUGRUGAACGCAAACUCUAUUCGUGUUUCCUGUGUCACAGCUGACGAAUUUCGAGGUUUGCGGAAGCUCGUUCAAAAGUAUCGCAGGCGCAUCGAUAAAAGUAAUUCUUGGAGUGCAUGUUAUGUCAUCGCCGCCAUGUUGGAUGAAAAUCACAAAGAGUAUUCCUCAUUAGUUUCUCUUGUUCAUUCAUCCGACAUGGCGGCAACAGCUUUUUUCUAUACUUCUCAGGGGAUUCUUGGUCACAUGGUUGCACACCAAGAAUAGGGCAUUUUCAGAAAAAAAAAACAUGAUUUUUUGGAAAACAGACCGAAAAUACCUCUUUAUCUCGCUCGCCUGUGAUAUUUUUACUGAAGCGCCCAUGCAGUGUGGAAAUUGUCUAUUCAGAGGCUGUUACACAAUUCAAGUUACAAAAGGAGCCCAACAGGCAAUGUGCAGCGACGCCAUUUUUGUACAGCAAAGCAUGAUGAUGGUUGUAAUCCUCGUACUUUUUCAUGUCCGCUACAACAGUCCUCCUAAGCAACUUUGGCUUUUUCUUACAAAAAAAACUGAAGUAGUUGUACAGUUUUUACAAAUAAAGUGUAAAAACGAUUUUCAGGGAGAUAUUUUUUUGUUUAUAAUAAGUUUGAGUACGACAACUACCAUCAUGCUUUGCUGCACAAAAUGGCGUCGCUGUACAUUGCCUAUAUUCUGGUGUAAAAAGAGAAAAAUUUCAUUGUAAAAAAUCCAAUUCCUCUAGGGUUUCUAGUUGGAUAAGCAUAAUUAAAAUAAGACUAAUACAAUUA